AGGAAAGUUCCACGCAUUUAUUUCAAAGUUUUAAAAAGCCGGUCCUCGUCACCUAGUUCUCGUCCUCUCUUCCUAAGCUUUUAACUUUUUCUUUCAUCUCUCUCUCAAUUUCCAAGAAAUCUAUCCGUUAGAAACUUGCAACUUUUAAUUGAAGUCCGAUACUCCAAAAACCCUACGUAUCCUCCGUCGCCGGCGACAACUCACCGGCAAACAACUGUUUAUUGCCAUGACUUUUGGUGUUCUAAGCCCCCUGGGCACAGCUCUAACGAUAAUAUUCGUGAUCUCAUUAUUAGCUCUGUUUGCUCAGCUCUUCUUUAUACUCUGGCGGCGCCGCAAUUUCCGCCGUAACAUUCCGAUUCAUGUCCACAGAAAUGUUCUAGAACCUUCCGAGAUCUCCUCUUCUUCUCCUAAUUCGUCGUUUACUUCUUCCCAUUCUUCGACUUCGAAAGAGCUUCUCCUUUUCUUCUGCCUUAGAACACAAACGUGUAAUCUCUCUCGGGUCGGACCCAACUCGUGUCCGAGUCCGAACUCCGCCGUGUCAUCUCCAGAACCGGCAGAAAUGGAGCUUAUAGAUUUGUUGAAGCUUCAGGGUAUGUAUGGGCCUUCGAGAUUUCUCUUUACAAUUAAGGAAGAGGAAAAAGAAGAUUUGGAGUCUGAGAAGUCACUGUGUUCUUCUGCUGAGAAGACUAAUAAGAGUAUGAGCUUGCAGCAGUGUAUGAAGAACGACGAAGAGUCGCCUGAAAUGACGUCUCCGGUGCGGAAAUUGGCCGUCGAAGAGUUGCCGGAGUUGGCUGUGACGGUCGAUUGUCCUAAUCAUCCUAUGGAGAAUCAAAUUCAAACGACGCCAUUUUCCACUCCAUGCGACUCGCCUUUGUACUUAACUCCUCUGGCUUCUCCGAUUCGUGAAGCAAGCUUAUAAAACGUGGUCGUUCUGCAUCGCCGCCGGCUAUCACAUUGCCGAGCUGUAGCCUGUAGUAGAAAAAAUUAUUCUACCUUUUUCUUUUUGGUAUGUUAUUGUAGUGUCGGCCGAAUUAUCUAUGCAUGUAUUGGGUGAUACCCUUUUUGCUUGAGCCCGACCGGGUUGGGUCCGGUCCGGGGCAAGUCGGGGCCAUCGAACC